CAACAUUUAGCCAGCCAGCUAGUGUGCCCAACAAGCGCUGUUUUGACAUAGUGCAGUGAUAAUAAAGUUGAUCUCACGAUGGCCGUUAAUGUUUACUCAACGAGUGUCACGACCGAAAAUCUGUCCCGGAAGGAGAUGCUGGCCUGGGUCAAUCGGACCCUGCUGUCGGAGUUCAAAAAGGUCGAGGAACUCUGCACAGGGGCCGCCUAUUGUCAGAUGUUGGACAUCCUGUUUCCGGGAUGCAUCAAGUUGAAGCGCAUAAAAUACUACACCAACCUUGAGCACGAGUUUUUGCUGAACCUGAAACUAUUUCAGAGCACUCUGGUGUCGAUGCAGGUGGACAAAGCGGUCCCCAUUGAUAGACUGGUGAAGGGUCGGUUUCAGGAUAACUUCGAGUUUCUGCAGUGGUUCAAAAAGUUCUUCGACGCAAACUACGAUGGCAAGGAGUACGAUCCGCAGGCCGCCCGGGAUCAUGUUCCGAUGGGUUACGGCGCUCCGAAUGUGUUGAAACCAAGCCUCAAAGGAAACUCGGCGGCUUCUGCCCCGGUGGGAGCUGUCAAAAAAGCAGUGACGGCAGCGAAACCAAUUAGAAAAGAACACAACUCUCCGUCGAAGCAGCUGGGAAAGAUGAAAAUCGUCGAUGAACAACAAGAACAGCUUAAUAGUCUUAUGACUGAAAAAGACGAUUUAGUCGUACGAAUUCAGACGAUGGAAAUGGAACGGGACUAUUACUACCAAAAGCUUACCCAAAUUGAGGCAAUAGUCAACGAAGAAGGUGAAAUCGAUGAGAAAAACUCAUUCCUCUGCGAUCAAGUUAGGAAAAUAAUGUAUCUCGAACAAUGAUUUUACAAGUGAAAUGCUUCCAGGAUGCAUUCUCAUCUGAAUAUGCUAAAACUCUUCUCAAUAGUUGUAUGAUAAAUGUUGAAA